ACCGAUCAUGUUUCCUGAUAAUGAAGAACACAUAACUGAAUAUAUUCAAAUCAAGUUGAGCGAUAAGCAAAAUGCUCUUUUUGACAAAGAACAUCGAGAAUUUCUUAAGCAGCAUAAAUUUAUUCUCGAUAAGGCUAAUAAUAUUAUCGAAGAAACUACCAAAAAAUAUUUACUCAAAUUACUUUAUGAAGUUAAAUUAGCAAAUAUCAAAUUUAAGAACGGUUAUUCAUUUGAUUUAUGUAGUUGUAAUAUUGAAAUUGCUUAA